AUGUCCCGGGAACGCAGCCACUCGUCGAGCGCGAAACCUCGAAUGGAUCACGGGAGCGGCGUCGGCGUGGACGUCGGCGUCGGCGCCGACAGCCGAGGCGCCGUCAACCUUCGUGCCGGCGCGACGUUGAUGAAAAGUGUCUCGAUCUUCUUGAUGAGCGGUCGCAAAGCCUCGGUGAACAGCAACAGGCAAACUUCCGACAGUCCUAAGCACGAGCCACGAAGAAGACGACACAGGAGGAUGCCGGUCGCUGGCACCACCAGGAGCUCCGCGUACACCGCUAAGCUGAUCGAGUCGUUGAAGAGGAAGACUCGAUUCUCUUGGUCUGAAUUGGACAAUCUGUGCAAGCUGUACAAGAAACUAACCAGCUCCGGCCAGCAACAAGUAGGACAAUCGGUUAUCAUCGGGAGGAGGCCUCAGGCGAACCAGGCUAUAGAGGGUAUCGACAGGAGUAUUUUCCGCGACCUGCUGCACAACACGUUCAAGGUGAUCACGGAGGACGCGCUGGUGGAACGUAUAUUCUGCUGCUGGGACCGCGAGAACGAGGGUGUGAUCAGGCUGGAGCCAUGGGUCAUUGGCUUGGACCUCUAUCUUCGCGGCAGCCUACGCGAGAAGAUCGAAUUCUGCUUCAAAGUCUACGACUUGAACAACGACGGGUUCAUCACGAAGGACGAGAUAUUCCAAUUGUUCAAGAACUGCCUGAUGAAGCAGCCAGGGGAGGAAGACCCUGACGAGGCGGUGAAAGACUUGUCGGAGCUGGCGUUGAAGAAGCUCGACGUGGACAGGGACGGGAAGAUCUCUUUCCAGGAUUACAAGGUGGCCGUGACGGAGGAACCCCUGCUUCUAGAAGCUUUCGGUCAGUGUCUGUCCACGGACGAGAACUGUGCCUCGAUUCUAGCUACAUUGCGAUCGUGA